AUGGAGGUUCGAGUGGACGAGCGAAGCGGCGCGCAAACCUUCAUGGUGCACAAGCGCCUGAGCAUCGUCGCUCCGGGGAAGAGCGGUGAUCAGCCGCUGUACACGGAUGCGUCGAGGAAGACGACGUUCAUCGCGAACGGAGAAAUUUAUAAUCACGCCGAGCUCAGGGAGAAGUACGGGAUCGUGAGCGAGAAUAAGAGCGAUUGCCAAGUCAUCGGUCACCUGUACGAGCAGCACGGGCCGGGCUUCGUGAGCGAGCUCGAUGGGAUGUUCGCGUUCGUGAUCGAGGAUCGGGAGAACGACGUCAUCGUCGCGGCGAGAGAUCAUAUGGGGAAGAUCCCGAUGUACAUGGCCAACGGUAAGGAUGGGAGCGUUUGGUUCAGCAGCGAGAUGAAGACGUUGCACGACGACCCAGGGGUGGCGAGCUACGAAAUCUUUCCGCCAGGUCACGUGUACGUCAAGAAGGGUGAUGAACCGGCCACGAUCGAGCGCUGGUUCAAUCCUCAAUGGAUCGCCGAGGAGAGCUACGUGCCGACGACUCCGGCGGACUUACCGGCGCUUCGCGAGUGCGUCGUUGACGCCGUCACAAAGCGUCUCAUGGCGGACGUCCCGUACGCCGUGCUCCUGUCCGGUGGGCUUGAUUCAUCGUUAAUCACCUCCAUCGCGGUGCGUCAGCGCAAGUUAGCCAAGAACACGUACGGAGCUGAUGAGCCCGUGCACUCGUUCUCCAUCGGUAUCAAGGGGGCGCCGGAUCUCGUCGCCGCGCGCAAGGUGGCCGAACAGCUCGGCACGAUCCACCACGAGGUGCACUUUACUCCCGAGGAAGCGCUCGACGCACUGCCGGACGUCAUUUGGCACCUUGAAACGUUCGAGCAAGUUCGUGCGUCGGUGCCCAUGUACCUACUGAGCCGUCACAUCAAGUCCUUAGGUUUCAAGAUGGUCCUCUCGGGCGAGGGCGCCGACGAGCUCUUUGGUGGCUACUUGUACUUCCACAAGGCGCCGAACCCGACCGAGUUCCAUGCUGAAUGCCGUCGUAAGACCAUGCGUUUGCACCAAUGGGAUGUGUUGCGCGCGAACAAGUCUACGAUGAGCUGGGGUAUCGAAGUUCGCACUCCACUCUUGUCCCAGCAAGUCAUCGACAUGGCGAUGAACAUGCGUCCUGAGGAUAAAAUGAUCGACGUCAACAAAAAAGAUGCAGAUGGUCAUCCAUUCCUGGAAAAGUAUAUUCUCCGCAAGGCGUUCGAUACGCCUGAGGAUCCGUAUCUUCCGCAAGAGGUUCUUUGGCGUCAGAAGGAGCAGUUCAGCGAUGGCGUUGGGUACGACUGGGUCGACGGUUUGGCGGCACACGCUGAACUCGAAGUCAGUGACGAAAUGUUUGCGAAGCGCGCCGAGCGUUUCCCGCUGCACCCGCCGACGACGAAGGAGUACUACUUGCUUCGAUCGAUUUUCGAAGAGCACUUUGUGACUGGGUUCGAGAAUGGGGACUGCGCGUACGCGACAUGCCCGUUCGGCAAGUCCAUCGCGUGCUCAACCCCGGAGGCGGUUUCGUGGGAUCCGGAGUGGGAAAAGAGUGUCGGAGACAUCUCUGGUCGGGCUGUCAAGAACGUGCACGUCGCUGCCGACAAGUUUGACGUGAAGAAGGAGAAGGCGAACGAGACUGUCGCCGCCUCCUUGGUGGGUGUUCAGAGACGAGGCGUCACGGUGAAGCCACGAGCGAGGAAAGGCGUCGUGCAGCAGCGAGUCCGCGGUCACGUUCGCUUCGCUGGCUUGCGUGCGGCGCCUAUCUCGAGGGUUUUACUUCUGUAG